GAAACAGUGUUGCGAGCCUGCGAACACCGCGGGCAGAGGCCUUCUUUGUCACUGGAAGUCCGGCAGACAUCACUCUUCUGCACUCUCUCACAGCCGUGCCCGCUGAGUCAAAUCCGGAAAGGACGACCUCCCUGCCCGUCCAAAGCGACGAGUCUCCAAGGACGGCAUCAAAGGAACCUUUGAGUGACAGCUCACAAAGCCCUGAGCUGUCACAGCCGAAAGCGAACAGAGGGUCAGCAAGCAAGCCCUCCAGCCUGCGAAUGAAAUCAGAGCCUCUCAGACCACUGCUGGAAGUGGAAGAGGGUGCCGGCGCUUUGAUCUCCCCGGUGACGAUUUCAACCAUUCAGUCGAUCCCGUCACCCAAAGCGAAGCAGAAGCACCUCGUCUUCAUGGUCGACGGAGAGGAGCUUCAGAUCCUCGGCGUCGACAGCCGGGAGGCAAACAACAUCCCUCCCGAGGAGAGCCCAAGCCGGAACCGGCCAGCGGCGGGUGCUGGGCCACUGCCUCCACCCGAGGCGGCUUCACCGUCGCUCGGAAACCCUUCAGCUUACUGUAAUGCCUCUGCAGGAGAAGCCAUGUGA